AACAUUCUGCUCGUAUCUACCUUUCCCGGUAUGAGCCACUGGUUGAUGUUCGAGCAUGUCAUCAACGAGCUGUUGCAACGAGGCCACACAGUGACAGCCAUCACCAGCUACCGAUUGCGAUCCGAUGCUAGCGAUGAGUCUCGGGAGCCGCAGCGCUAUCGCGAGGUGCUAAUAGAACCGAUAUACGACUUCGAGGCGAACGGACUGCCGAUGGAUGAGUUCUUCAAGUCCCCUUCGUUCAGCAAUCCCUUCUUCAAGAUGGCCACCCUGUGGAAGCUUGGGCUGGAGACGAGCGAACAUGCAUUCGAGUGUGCGAAUGUGCGCGAGUUCUUGCGCACCGAGGGCCUACGGUUUGAUCUGUUGAUCGCCGAAGAGUUCGUCCAGGAGAGCUUCCUGUUGCUAGCCUACAAAUACCGUGUGCCCAUUGUGACGAUCAACACACUCGGGCAGACGGAUUUCCUCGAUCAAUCCUUCGGCCUGCUGACACCCUGGUCUCAAGUACCACACUUUAUGCUGGAGUUCGAGAACGACAUGACGCUGCCGCAGCGCGCAUACAAUGUGUUCCUGUCGCUGUGGGAUCUGUACAACCGGAAGUACUACUAUCUACCAGCCCAGACAGCGCUCGCACGGAAACACUUUGGCCAUCUGGAGGCAACCCAUGGGAUUCUGCCUGCGCUCGAGGAUCUGGAGCGGAACAUCAGCAUCGCGCUGCUCAACACACACAUCGUCACCACCAAGCCGCGACCUCGCGUCGAUCGUAUGGUACAGAUAGCGGGAUUACACAUUCGUCCACCGAAACCAUUACCGAGCGCGAUACAGACCUUUCUCGAUUCGGCCAACAACGGAUUCAUCUAUAUAAACUUCGGCACAUUUCUGCGCAGCUCGAACAUGCCACCGGCAACGCUCGACGUGUUCUUAUCGGUGUUCCGCGGCCUAUCAAACUAUCGGUUCCUCUGGAAGUGGGAAGCAGACUCAGGUAUUCCGAAUCUACCGUCGAACGUGAUGCUACAGCGGUGGCUCCCUCAGAACGACGUACUGGCCCAUCGGAAUCUGAAGCUGUUCGUAUCGCACGGUGGUCUAUUCGGUACGCAGGAAGCAAUCUAUUGGGCCCGUCCCGUGCUGUUCAUGCCGUUCUACGGUGACCAGCACCAGAACGCACACAAGUUCGAGAAGGCCGGUCUCGGGUUGACGCUGAGUAUUAUCAACGUUACGGUUGAUAGGCUGCAGACGACGAUGGAACGGAUUCUCGGCGGGCCAUCGUUCCAGCAGCAGGCAAACCGACUAUCGGCCAUCUUUCGGGACAAUCCAAUCGAACCGCUUGGGGCGGCCGUCUACUGGAUCGAGUAUGUCGUGCGGCAUCACGGUGCACCGCAUAUGAAAUCGGGUGUGGAGGAGCAACCGUGGUGGGUCUAUACGAUGGUGGACUUGGGGUUGCUGACAGUACUGUUCGUCUUUAUCGUUUUGUGGGUCGUUACAGUGGUAGUUAAAGCAGUGGUUGGUCUGGUUGGCCUACGUCAGCAGCGCAAGAUCAAGGUUAAUUAAAUGAGGCACGAUG